AUGGGGGGCAAGAAAGCCGCGGGCGAGAACAGCAAGAAGGCCGCGGGCAACGCACGCAAGGCUGACGCGGCCGCGGCAAAACAGGCCGCCCAAGACGCCAAAGCCGCCGCGGCCGACGACGAGAAGUGGUCCAAGGGGUCCAAGGACACCAAGAAGAAGGAAGAAGCCGAGCGCAAGGCCGCCGAGGCCAAGGCGAAGAAAGCCGAGCGAGAAGCCCUGCUGGCAGAAGAAGAAAAGUCACAGCGCGCGACGGCCAAGGGUGCCAACAAGAAGACGGCCGAGAAGAAGACGAGAGGCACCCUCGACCUCGGACAACUGGACGGCGAGCCGAGCGGCGGUGGCAAGUCGACUGCGCUCAACGCGUCCGGCAUCGAUAACGCUCUGGACGCGCUCAGUCUCACGGGCUCCGCGAACGAGCACAAACUGGACAGACACCCUGAACGACGGUUCGCAGCUGCGUACAAGGCCUACGAGGAGCGGCGACUGCCGGAGGUUGCGAUCGAGCACCCUGGACUACGAAAGCAGCAGCGCAUCGAAAUUGUCAGAAAAGAGUUCGAAAGGAGCGAGGAGAACCCCUUCAACCAGGCCGGCAAUGUGAGGUACGAUGCUAGCAAGGACCAGCUAGCCGAGGCGAAACGGCAGAUUCGCCAGGGCGUCGAGAAGAGGCUGGCCGAGAAAUAA